GAAUGUCAAAUAGUUUUGCUGCUUUUUUCCAUUGUCGUUGUCUGCGCAUUUUUGCAUCAAUUAAUUAGUAGAAAAGCAAUUGUAAAUAAUUGAAAAAGUUUAAAAAACAUAAAGAAAAUUGUACGAAAUAAGUUGAAAUAAAAUAAAUUGCAUGUUUUUUCAAUGUGAAACACUUUAAAUGGGUGUGCAAUAACAAAACAUGUACCUACAAAGUCUUUGCUGAAUGGAGGUGCGAGGAGGCCGCAACCCAACCCAAAAAAAAAAAAGAUUUUUCUUGAAGCUUCGUUCGUGAAAAACGCUUGAAAAGCAAUUAAUUCGUAACAGAAAACGUAGUGUAGCACUUUUUAGUUGAGAAUAAAAAAUUAAUAACGAAUUUAAUUAUGGAUGCUGAUAAAAACAGUGGGCAAGAGACCAAAGUCAUUUAUCACAUUGACGAUGAAACCACCCCCUACCUAGUGAAGAUCCCCAUUCCAAGUGCGCAAGUAACUCUAAAAGAUUUUAAAAUGGUGCUCAACAAACAAAAUAACAACUACAAAUACUUUUUCAAAUCAAUGGACGCAGAUUUCGGUGUAGUGAAAGAGGAAAUUGCAGAUGAUUCGACAAUUUUGCCAUGUUUUAAUGGGCGUGUAGUAUCUUGGCUUGUGUCCGCUGACGGUACAAAUCAAUCGGACAAUUGCUCAGAAGUACCACCUAGCGAAAUCGAGAUUCGCAGCAAUAUACGCAAUCAGCAACAGCCCAAAAUGGUCGGUGGUAAUAUGGGUGGCAUGGGUGGUGGAAUUGUAGUUGGUGGAGGUGUUAUUACAAAUCAAAUGAUGCAACCACCGCUUACAUAUCAAUCUGCAUCGGUGCUUUCAAGCGAUUUAGACUCGACAAGUCUAUUCGGCACUGAAUCUGAGAUAACGCUUGACCGUGAUAUGACAGAUUAUAGCAGCGUGCAACGCUUGCAGGUACGCAAAAAACCGCAAAGACGCAAAAAACGAGCGCCUAGCAUGUCACGCACAUCGAGUUACUCCUCCAUAACUGACUCUACAAUGUCUCUCAAUAUAAUAACUGUUUCAAUAAAUAUGGAAGCAGUUAAUUUUUUGGGCAUUUCAAUUGUUGGUCAAUCGAAUCGUGGCGGUGAUGGUGGCAUUUAUGUCGGCAGUAUUAUGAAAGGUGGCGCUGUUGCUUUAGAUGGACGAAUUGAACCAGGCGAUAUGAUACUACAAGUAAAUGACGUAAAUUUUGAAAACAUGACAAACGAUGAGGCUGUACGUGUGCUGAGAGAAGUUGUACAAAAACCAGGCCCAAUCAAAUUGGUGGUUGCCAAAUGCUGGGAUCCAAAUCCUAAAGGUUAUUUCACCAUACCACGCACAGAGCCAGUACGACCUAUCGAUCCAGGUGCAUGGGUUGCUCACACACAGGCUUUAACUUCACAUGACAGUAUUAUACCCGAUAUACCGGAACCAAUUAAAGAGCGUCUCGAUCAAAAUAAUUUGGAAGAAAUCGUUAAAGCAAUGACGAAACCUGAUAGCGGACUUGAAAUACGUGAUCGUAUGUGGCUGAAAAUUACCAUACCAAAUGCAUUUAUCGGAGCUGAUGCUGUUAAUUGGGUGCUAGAAAAUGUAGAAGAUGUACAGGAUCGCAGAGAAGCAAGACGUAUUGUAUCGGCAAUGUUAAGAAAUAAUUACAUCAAACAUACCGUCAACAAACUGACAUUCUCAGAGCAAUGCUAUUAUGUAGUUAACGAGGAACGCAAUCCCAAUUGUCGAUCAAAUCUAAGCCAUGCCGAUACGGAGAGUAUUACUAGCGAUAUUGGUCCGCUGCCAAAUCCCCCAAUAUAUAUGCCAUACUCAGCCACAUAUAAUCCCAGUCACGGCUAUCAGCCAAUACAAUACGGUAUCACAGAACGCCACAUCUCAUCCGGCUCAAGCAGUUCAGAUGUGCUAACCAGUAAGGAUAUAUCAGCAUCGCAAAGCGACAUCACAUCGGUUAUACAUCAGACCAAUCAAAUGACCAUCGCUCAUGGCUCAAACAAAUCUUCCGGUUCAUCGAAUCGUGGCACAAACGAACAGGAUGGCCCCGUAUUUAAUUACGUAUUGUAGAAAUUGCAAUGAAAUUGUGUUUAUUCUUUUUAUAUACAAGUAUACAUACACAUAUACAUACAUGAUACAUGAAUUUGAAUAAAGUUCAGAGAAUUUAGUAAUCACGAUAUAUUGUAUUAAAAUAACAAUUAUUUUU